CAGACAGCCAGAACUCUGUGAUUUAACCAAACGAACGAUUGAAGGAAGCCCUGCGUCAAGGGCAGUCACCCCAUCCGCAGGCCCGUAGCGCGGCAGCAGUCACCGCAGCAGUCGACCAGGGGCCAAGGCAACCUCCGUCCUGCGUGACCUUUGUCUAGGCCUCUAGGUCGCCACCGCAGCUCGCCAGCAGUCCAGCACCGCAGCUCCUUGGCUCCGCACGCCACCAGUUCAGCCUUGUCCAUCCGUUCAGCACAUCAGCACCCGUGCACCGCACGCCGCCUACUCGCCACCGAAGAAAAAUGGCAAAGUCAUGCAACGGAUUAGCUGUGGAACUAGUGAAAUGCCUCAGUGAAUCCGACUGUGUCAAAGUUCAGAAUCAGCCCUACAGGGAAUGUGUCAAGGAGAAGACCCCUUCAAUUUCUAUUGAGUGCGUUGGCUUGAGAGAGACCUACUUCAAUUGCAAGAGAGGACAGUAUGAUAUCAUUUUAGGUUCCGUUGAAGAGUAUUAUAUUUCUCAAACCAAAAUCAGAAAAAGGCUCUUUAACAGCUCAAAUGGAGACCGAAUCUUCAGCAUCAGCGGAGAUUGGCUUGUUGGGAAGCCCACAGCCCGAUAAUAUGUUGGUCCAGUACAUCGUGUUGAGGAGAGACCUGAUUGACACAUGGCCUCUGGGGAGCGUAAUCACUCAAGGCUGCCAUGCGUCAGUUGCUGCAAUCUGGUCCCACAAGACAGAUCCACACACGGUCAGGUACUGUGAUCCUAACAACAUUGACUGUAUGCACAAAGUGACUCUUGAAGUUAAAGGUGAAGCCCAGAUUGUGAGCUUGUCUGAGAAACUUAAAGUAGCUAGUAUUGCUCAUAAGUUGUGGAUUGAACAACCCGAGAAUAUGCCUACCUGCCUUGCCACAAAACCUUAUCCAAAAUCACUUGUAUCGCCCUUCUUCAGAAAGUUAAAGCUCUGUAGGUGAGAACAACCUCAUGCUAAUUUCGUGAUAUGUAUUGCCAUUAGACCUAGCCCGCUGUGUAUUUCAUGGCUGUUCUUUUAUAGAUUUAUUGUGCAAUGUUGUCUUUCGAGUUAGGCUCUGUUUGGCUUGUUCAGAUGUACUUAUUUGGUUGAUAUCGAUUGUACCAAAUAUUUUCCUCUUCGGAAAUACAAUAGAUUCAGUUAUUUCUGCCAGUGUCAAAUAACCCUUUCCAAGUUCCAACCCUCUGUAAGAUUUUAUAUCUACACGCUGAGUCAAUGAAGAUUUAUUUACUUAGAGCA